UAUAAUCGCUGUGUUUAUAUGGGAUACUAAUAUGAUUCUCUCUCUGCAGCUCAGAUCAGUACGGGGGUCGCUUUAUAGUUUAGAAUGCAGAAACUUGAAACAGCUUCUACGGAAGAGAAGAACAUGAUUUUUUCCAGAAAUACUUUGCCAAGCACAAAUGUUGCUGACUGACGUUUUUGGAGAACUGUGUUAUACAGAGGUCUUCUUCGGGUACGGGACUGAGCCAGAAAAGAAGCAAUUGGCAAACCUACCCAAGGGUCAUGUAUUAACUCUGGGUCUUCACAUGUAUGGUUGCCUGGUGAUUCAGAAGGUGGUCGUGCUGAAGGUGUCCCUGCACUGCAAAGCGUGCGCUGGCAAGGGGAAGAAGCAGCUCGCCAAGAUGGAAGAGGAGCAGCAACAGCACGGGCACGGGCAGAGGAGCAGCAGCAGCAUGGGCAGAGCUCCACCGGCGCAGGGGAGAAGCUGCAGCAUGGGCAGAGCUCCACCAGCUCCACCCAGGCACGCGGCGACGACGCGCGGGGGCUCCUGAUCCUGGUCCGGAUCGUGGCGGGAGGUUCCGGCGACGGGCGGAGGAAGGUCCUGGGCGGCGGCAGCGGAGCAGGUCCUGGGCCUGGUGGGUGGCGAAUCGCGCAGCUGGGCGGCGCCGGCCCCUGGCGACGCGCGAGCGAGGGGCGGAGGAAGAAGAUGGAGUCAGGGACCUGUUUGUAACAGUCAGGCACAAGCUUUGUGUGUCGGCAGCAAGCAUCAAGUAAUUCAACCAAGGUAGUUGAGCCUGCUCCCCUCCAACCAAUCCUCGCAACCAUUUGGCGGAUGGACCAUUCAAAGUGAGAUAUUAGAGGAAACUGAACCCCAGAUCAACAUGCAAUCGGCUGUAACGGAGGUGGUUCAGUUCCAUCUAACUCUCACUUCAAGUGGCACAUGUACGCCACAUCUAUCAUAUAGGAGGUACCCCUAGAUCAUCAGGCAAAUUGACCGAAAGUGAGAUAUUGGAGAAAAACAAGCUGGAAAACAUGAGCACUUUGAGACGGAUUUCCAGUUUGCUUUCCUCCAAUACUCACUUUCAGUGCCCUGCACAACAACACCUGAAAAUAAUACUAGUGUAGCUGGGAAGUGGCGUGUUUGGUUAUGAUUCAGAAGCCAGGAGUCAGCUCUAAGCUGUGAGACUAAUGCCUGCUUCGGUUCACGGUUUUAUAGCCGUGUAGCUGCAAAAGGAGGGUCUUGGCUUUCUGUUGAGCCGGCCAGGCCUUCCUGCCCAUCGCGUGUGCUCGUCCUGCAGGUAUGAACCUUGUGCUUUUGGUUUGAGAAUCCUGGUGGUACAAGUAGAUAAGAGUAUUUUUUCACAUGGAGGCAGUGGUAUCUGAGCCUUUCUUCUCGCUCACGGCAUCCUUGGAUACCGUGAAAAGACUGAUCUAGGUUGUAAUGGAUUUUGCAUUUCAGCAACACGUUGGUUUCAAUUUCCUUUUAACAGAAGAGAUGCCUUCCACUCCAGUUUCUAUUAAAGAAACCAUCUGGUUGAGAUUACAAACCACUCCUAGUAGAAGAACUACAACCCAAGCAUCAUCAUAGCAACAUCACAAAGGCAGAAGAAACUAACACCUGAGAGCACACCAUAGCUUGUCAGGGAAGAGAACCAGACUCCAAAUGCGGAAAUGCCACAACAGGGCACACAUAUUACAGACUAGCAGAGUUUGAAACUCAUCAAACAGACUCCAGGACAACAGGUCAAAACCCAAGACACAAACUAAGACUACAGGGCAAAGCUAAAGCGAACUGUACCAUCCAGGAGUAGAAAUCAGAAGAAGCACCCCAGCAGCCACAGGAGAUGGAUCCAAAUCUAGAGAAAGUUCAGCAUCAGCCACAAAUUCUGAGCACUCAUUUGCCAUCACUGCGAGGCCUUAUAGAUCUCAUUUGUUUUUUGUUUUUGGUUUUGUUCAUACUUUCUGCCCAGUAGCCAGUACUUACCGUUUUGAUUUGUUGGGAAUCUAUCAUGCCCAUAGAUGUUCUUCAUGUACAAUUAGAUAUGGACAACUUUUUUCUGUCUAUUUACCAUUUUCUCGUACGGCUGUAUAAACCAGUACCUACUUGAAAGUGGCUUGUAUCCCACUUAUGCAAAGGUCUUUCUAAUUAAUGAAAUGCUUGGUACUAUUGAUUAGAAUAAGCCACUACAGGUGUGUUUCUAACCAGCUGUCUAACUGUACCGGUUCUUCGUUGUAGAACGGUGCUCUGUGUACAAAUAAAAUAGAUAUUUAUUGACUACAUGAGUUAUGUAUUUAGCUCGUACGUGUUAUGGGUACUGAAUUUUGCAAUCAUGAUGCGCACAAGCUAUUUCUGGUUUUGUUUGUCUCAGCGACGAACUGAAGCUGUUUUAUCAUGCUAAUAUGUGUGAAAGUGUUGCUCAUUUCCUCAUAAAGCUGCUUCAAGGUGCAAAGUGCGGGUACUAUGUCUAUGUUGCUAUAAAGCUUGAAUUUGGGCAUUUCAGUCUUCUGACAUGUGGCUUCUACUUUGCAGGCAAAUGAUGAAAGACCGGUUUGCAAAAUGUGUGGUGCAAAAGGUUUUGGAGAAUUGCGACGACCACACCUGUGAGCUGAUUCUUUCAUGUAUCAAGGUCCUCCUGAACACAGUAAAAAGAUGGGGACUAGUUACCUACCUCACACAGGACAGGAAACCUAGAGUUCUGCAGCGUGUCGAGGCAUAAGCUGUGUAAUCGGAUUAUCGGAAGCAAGCAUCAAGUAACUCAACCUGGUAACUGAGCCUGGCCCCCUCCAACCAAUCCUUGCAACCAUUUGACAGAUGGACCAUUCAAAGUGAGAUAUUAGAAGAAACUGAACAACACCCAAACCAACAGGCGGUCGACCGGAGGUGGUUCAGUUCUAUCUAACUCUCACUUCAAGCGGCACAUGUCCGACGCAUCCAUCAUAUAGGAGGUACCCCAAGAUCAUCAGGUAAAUCUACCGAAAAUGAGAUAUUGGAGAAAAACAAACUGGAAACAUCAGCACUGUUGAGACGGAUUUCCCAGUUUGCUUUCCUCCAACACUCACUUUCAGUGCCUGCACAACAACAGCUGAAAACAAUACUAGCAUAGCAGGGAAGUGGCGUUGGUUACGAUUCAGAAGCCAGGAGUAGGCUGUGGAACUACUGCCUUGGUUCGGGCCAGGAUUUUAUAGCUGCUCAACUGGGAAAGGGAGUCCUGGCUUUCUGUUAGGCCAGCCAGCCCUUCAUGCCCAUCGCGUGUGCUUUCGGUUUCAGAACCCCACCCUGGUGGUACAAGUAGAUAGAGUAUUUUUCUGGUAGACCUUCCCAGGACAGAACGGUGCUCUCAAAGCCUAGUUUCUCUUUUUCUCUUCCCAAAGCAUGCUCAAGGUUAAAGUGUCAAGACUCGGUUCAUCCUUACUGCAACUCAUCCUGGUCUACCAACAGUGCUCAGGAGUAUUUUGUAAUAUGAUUCCUGGUCACAGAGGCAUUUUGCUUAAUGUCUUACCAUUUUUGUCGCA